AUACCCGGAAAAUAAGUAACAGUCAAUUUCUCUAAAACCCUUGUUAAGCCUCCUCCGGCUUCUUCUAAACCCCAAAAUGGCGCCUCCGGCAAAGAAAUUUAACAAUAACAAAUCUGAUAAAGCCUUCAAAAAGCCUCACAAUCCGUCUUUCAAACGCAAUAACGACGCCGUUUCGAAACCAGCUCCUCUUCCCCUAGACGACGACGUUCCUGACUUCCCGAGAGGUGGCGGAAGCUCACUGACGAGAGAGGAGCGGAACGGAAUUCGGGAGCAAGUCGAUGCGGAGUUCGAUUCCGAAGUUCGAGAUUCCAAGAGGAGGAAGAAUAAGGUGCAGAGUAGAAGUUUUGGAGCGGAGGAUGAUGAAUUGGGAUCGUUAUUUGGUGAGGGACUUACCGGGAAAUUACCGAGGUUUGCUAAUAAAAUUACCUUGAAGAAUGUUUCUCCGGGAAUGAAGCUUUGGGGUGUAAUUACUGAGGUGAAUGAAAAAGAUAUUGUUAUUGGUCUGCCAGGGGGACUACGUGGGCUAGUUAAUUCUUGUGAAGCACUUGAUUCCUUUUCAGAUAAUAAAGGAAGAGGGGAACCAGAAAGGAAUAUAUUAUGCAGCAUUUACCAUACUGGACAGUUGGUUCCAUGCAUUGUGUUGAAAUUGGACGCUGACAAGAAAGACAAUGGGAAACAAAAGCUGUGGCUUUCCUUGCGCCUGUCUUUGCUGUACAAGAAUUUAACAUUAGAUGCCAUUCAAGAUGGAAUGGUUCUUAGCGCGUAUGUGAAAAGCAUUGAAGACCAUGGGUACAUGCUUCAUUUUGGGCUGCCUUCAUUUACAGGGUUUAUGUCUGAAGAAAUUCAGCCUGGAAGAAGGGCUAUUAUGCACACUGGCAAACUCUUACAAGGAGUAGUUAAGAGUGUUGAUAGAAGUCGAAAAGUAGUUUAUCUUUGUUCUGACAGUGAUUUGAUGUCUAAAUGUUUGACUAGAGAUAUUAAGGGUAUUUCAAUUGAUCAUCUCGUUCCUGGGAUGAUGGUCAAUGCUCAUGUGAAGUCAACCCUUGAGAAUGGCAUAUUGUUAUCAUUUCUUACAUAUUUUUCCGGAACAGUUGAUAUUUUUAAUCUGGAGAAUCCGUUCUGUAAUUCAAAAUGGAAAGAAGAGUACAAUCAACAUAAAAAGGUAAAUGCUCGGAUAUUAUUUGUUGAUCCUUCAACAAGAGCUGUUGGGUUGACUCUGAAUCCCAAUCUUAUCCAUAACAAAGCUCCACCUGCACUUGUAAAUGCAGGAGAUAUCUUUGAUAAUUCUAAGGUGAUCAGGAUUGAUAGAGGAUUAGGCCUUCUUUUGGAAGUUCCCUCCUUACCAGUUCCAACUCCAGCGUAUGUCCGUGUUUUCGAUGUAUCUGACAAAGAAAUUCGCCAAUUAGAGAAAAGUUUUAAGGAAGGAAGUCAUGUUCGUGCUAGAGUUCUUGGGUUCAGGCACCUGGAGGGCUUAGCUACUGGUGUUUUGAAGACUAGUGCUUUUGAAGGGUCUGUCUUCACCCACUCCGAUGUUAAGCCUGGUAUGGUUGUCAAGGGAAAAGUUAUUGUCGUUGAUAGUUUUGGUGCCAUCGUACAACUUGCUAGCGGGGUGAAGGCACUUUGUCCUCUACGUCAUAUGUCGGAACUCGACAUAGCUAAGCCUAGAAAAAAGUUUCAGGUUGGAGCGGAACUAAUCUUCCGUGUUCUUGGUUGCAAGUCCAAAAGAAUUACCGUUACUCACAAGAAAACACUUGUUAAAUCAAAGCUUGAAAUCCUUUGCUCCUAUGCUGAUGCAACUGAAGGAUUAAUAACCCAUGGAUGGAUAACGAAAAUUGAGAAACAUGGUUGUUUCGUCAGAUUUUACAAUGGAGUGCAAGGGUUUGCUCCCAGAUCUGAACUAGGGUUGGAUAAAGGGAGUGAAAUAAGCUCGAUCUAUCAUGUUGAGGAGGUGGUGAAAUGUAGAGUCAUAAGUUCUCUUCCUGCUUCACGACGGAUCAACCUUAGUUUUAUAAUGUCGCCUUCAAGGAUUUCCGAAGAUGAUGUGGUCAAACCAGGAAGGCUCAUUUCUGGUGUUGUUGAACGGGUUACUCCUAAUUCAAUUAUAAUUAGUAGUGACGUUAAUGGUUACAUGAAGGGCACUCUUUCUACUGAACAUCUAGCUGACAACCAAGGGCUUGCUGCCAUAAUGAAGUUAGCUUUGAAGCCAGGAUACCAGUUUGAUCGACUCUUGGUCCUUGAUGUUGAAAGCAGCAGCCUGAUUCUCACUGCUAAACAUUCGCUCAUUAAUUCGAGCGACCAACUUCCUCUGGAUGUCAGUCAGAUUCGCCCUCAUUCAGUUGUCCAUGGAUAUGUGUGCAACAUAAUUGAAACGGGUUGCUUUGUCCGCUUUAUGGGGCGCUUGACUGGUUUUGCUCCAAAAAGCAAGGCCACUGAUGACUGGAGGGUUAAUCUGUCCACAGUAUUUAAUAUUGGACAAUCUGUUCGGAGUAACAUACUUGAGAUAAAUAGCGAAACUGGUAGAAUGACACUAUCUUUGAAGCAAUUGAUGUGCUCCUCAACGGAUGGGUCCUUUAUUCAGGAGUAUUUUAUUUUGGAAGAAAAGAUUGCAAAGCUGCAAUCAUUGAACUCGAAUGGUUCGGAGUUGAAAUGGGUUGAAGAAUUCAGUAUUGGUAGCCUUAUAGAGGGCGAGGUGCAAGAGACCAAGAACAUCGGAGCUGUUAUCCGCUUUAAGAACCAUGAUGAUGUUUUUGGCUUUAUAACUCCAUAUCAAUUGGGUGGACAUUCUGUGGAGAUUGGAUCCAUUGUUAAAGCUGUGGUUCUUGAUAUCUCCAAGAUGGAACGCCUUGUGGAUGUAUCUUUGAAGCCAGAUUUUGUUAAUAGGUUAAAAGAGAGCACUUCUAGCCUUAAAUCUCAGAAAAAGAAACGCAAACGGGAAGCACACAAAGACAUGGAGUUGCACCAAGCUGUAAAUGCAGUAGUUGAGAUUGUAAAAGAGAAUUAUUUGGUUCUUUCAAUACCCGAGUAUAACUUUGCCCUGGGUUAUGCGUCUGUAAAGGACUACAACACUCAGUUGUUGCCUCCUAAACACUUUGUUCCUGGACAAAGUUUAAGUGCGACAGUAGUAGCUCUUCCAAGUCAAUCAACAGCAGGAAGAUUGUUGCUACUUCUUAACUCUAUAAGUGAACAGAAGGAGACUUCCAGUUCAAAGAGGGCGAAAAAAAAAUUGAGUUAUGAUGUGGGAACCCUUGUUCAGGCGGAGAUUACUGAGAUAAAGUCUCUUGAAUUGAGAGUCAAAUUUGGACCUAGUUUGCAUGGGAGAGUACACAUAACUGAGGCAAAUGAUGAUACUGUUGAAGAUCCAUUUAGCAACUUUAAGGUUGGGCAGAUGCUAACUACAAAGAUUGUCUCAAAGCCUAAGAAGUUAGAAAGUUCUAAGAAACUUUCUAAUUGGGAGCUUUCUAUCAAACCUUCAUUACUUGCAGUUGAUACAGGGGCCCAAAUUACUGCUGAAGAAUUCAGUUAUGUGAUUGGCCAAAGUGUUGCGGGAUUUGUGUACAAGGUGGAUACUGACUGGGUUUGGUUAUCAAUAACUCGUGAUGUAAGGGCUCGGCUGUAUGUUCUUGACAGUGCAUGUGAACCUCAUGAGCUUCAGGAAUUUCAGAAGCGUUUUCAUGUGGGUCAAGCUCUGAAUGGCUACAUUUUGAGUACUGAUAAGGAGAAAAAGAUUUUACGUGUGGUGAUGCAGCCGUUGGUUGUUCCUGAGAAAGAAAAUGGAGAUGUAUCGAACCCUACUUCGAGAGAAAUUUCGGCUCAUUUAUGUGAAGGUCAGGCUGUUGGAGGCCGGAUUUUUAAAAUUUUACCGGGUAUCGGUGGCCUGCUUGUGCAGAUCGAUCCUCACCUUUAUGGUAAGGUUCAUUACACAGAACUGACAGAUGAUUGGGUACCAGAUCCAUUAUCUGGAUAUAGGGAAGGGCAAUUUGUUACAUGCAAAGUCCUAGAAAUCAGCCGCUCAGUUACAGGUACUACCCACAUUGAGCUGUCACUACGUUCAUCUUCAGCCGGCAUGGAGAGUCAGAAACCAGCUGAAAUGGGGCAGCCUAUUUCUAAACGUGUGGAGAAAUUGGAAGAUAUUCGUCCUAAUGAAGCAGUGCAGGGCUAUGUUAAGAAUGUUACACCCAAGGGAUGUUUCAUCAUGCUAUCACGCAAGUUUGAUGCAAGAAUAAUUAUUUCAAAUUUGUCUGAUGGAUUUGUUGAAAAUCCUGAAAGGCAGUUCCCAACUGGAAUGCUCGUCAAUGGGAAGGUAAUAUCUGUUGAGCCUCUGUCAAUGCGAAUUGAAGUCACUCUUAGGACAAGCAACACACCGAAAGCCUCAAAUAAAGGAAUAGCUGAUUCAAGCAGCCUUAGUGUUGGAGAUAUCAUUUCUGGGUAUAUAAGGGGUGUUGCCUCCUUUGGCUUAUUUAUCUCUAUUGAUCAGACAAACUGUGUUGGACUGUGCCAUCUUUCACAGCUUCCAGAGGAAAAUAGUAAAGAUAUUGAAGCUAAAUACAGAGUUGGAGAGAGAGUUAGUGCGAAGAUUUUGAAGGUGGACAAAGAUAGAGACAGGAUUUCUCUUGGGAUGAAAGAUUCAGACUUGAGUGAUGAUGCACAUAUCCAGACACCUUUAAACCAAAUGUCUGAUGAUGCUUCCGAGGAGAACCUUAUGGUAGAGGAUGAACAAAUAAUGUCUAAUGAUGCUUCUGUAAAGGCUGUUAUUCUUUCUGAAGCGGAAUCCAGGGCAUCAGUCCUUUCUAAAGUGGAAUCCAGGGCCUCGGUCCUUCCCCUCGAGGUUGCUCUAGAUGAUGCAGAGAACUCCCUUGUAAGUAGCAAUGCAGAUGGUCAAAGUCUUGAGAAUGUUGAUAACAAUGACACCAUGGAACAAAGGAACAAAUUGGCAAAGAAAAAAGCAAAAAAAGAGAGGGAAAGAGAAAUUAGUGCUGCUGAGGAAAGACUGAUCGAGGAAGAUGUACCGAGGACUCCUGAUGAAUUUGAGAAGCUAAUUAGAAAUUCCCCUAAUAACAGCUUUCUCUGGAUAAAAUAUAUGGAGUUUAUGAUAUCUUUAUCUGAUGUUGAGAAGGCCCGGUCAAUUGCUGAAAGGGCCCUGAGAACAAUCAACAUCCGUGAAGAAUCUGAAAAGCUAAAUAUCUGGGUUGCUUUUUUUAAUCUUGAGAAUGAAUAUGGAAAUCCGCCAGAGGAUGCUGUAGCAAAAAUUUUUCAAAGAGCAUUGCAGUAUUGUGAUCCUAAGAAAGUGCAUUUAGCUUUACUUGGUAUGUAUGAGAGAACCGAAAGACCAGAGCAGCAAAAGUUGGCUGAUGAACUUAUCGAGAAAAUGGUGAAGAAGUUUAAACAUUCUUGCAAGGUUUGGCUUAGGCGAAUUCAGAUACUUCUAAAACAAAAACAGGAUGGUGUUCAGCCCCUUGUAAGUCGUGCUCUUAUGAGCCUUCCUCGGCACAAGCAUAUAAAGUUCAUCUCACAGGCAGCUAUUCUUGAAUUUAAAGGCGGAGUACCUGAUAGAGGACGAUCUAUGUUUGAGGGAAUGCUUAGGGAGUAUCCAAAAAGGACAGAUUUGUGGAGCAUUUAUCUUGAUCAAGAAAUUCGACUCGGUGACAUGGAUGUCAUCCGUUCAUUAUUCGAGAGAGCAAUAAGUUUAAGCCUUCCACCAAAAAAGAUGAAGUUUUUGUUCAAGAAGUAUCUGGAGUAUGAGAAAUCUCUUGGUCACGAAGAACGCAUCGAAUAUGUAAAAAGAAAGGCAAUGGAAUAUGUGGAUAGCACCAGUGCUUGAUACAAUCAUAUAUAACGAGAGGAUUUGAGCAAGAGCCAGCACAGGCAGGUUUCAAACAAUUAAAUUUUAACAGGAGGCAAUGAUGUGUGGCGAGAACGCCCAAGCUUGAUAUCUUUAUAUAGACCGGAGGUGGCCAAUGAUGGCUGAAAUUUUGUACUGCCAAAAUAGAUGUGUUGUAAUCUAAUUGUAUCACAGUCUAUGAUAAUAAAGGUUUUUUUUCUUCCAUAAUUAUGUAUUUUAUUCUUAUUCUGUAAACAGCUUGUGUAAUUAUCCUGCUGGAUCUUCUAACUA